CUGAGUGGACAAACAACAUGGAAGGCCGCUAUCUUGCGUAGCUGUCUGCAUUCAGCCAGUACAAACAAUAAAUUAGUCUUGUCUGAGCUGAAGAUGGAGGAUAGCGAGGAAGGCUCAAGCGGCGUGCCCACCAAGACCUGGGGGUUCCGGCGGACCACCAUCGCCCGUCGAGAGUUCCUGGAGGAGGUUGGAGAGCUCGGCGAAGAUGGCAAGCCGGUGCCAACGCGACAUGCCACACGGCAAUCGAGAGGCAGAGGGGCUGCUGCUGCGGCAGCUGCAGGGGCGUCACCCAGGCAGCCCGCUCCCCAGAGAACCCCUACAACCACGCGCAGAGGGAGGGGCAGGGGAAGGGGUAGGGGAAGGAAGAGCUCCCCUGGUACACUCCUGUCGCCUUCUGUCGGUGCUGAGACUACACCUGCAGUAGACUUGCAGCCAACGGAGGAGCCUCAGGAGGACGCCGGGACCCAUCCUUUCAGCGACAGCACAGAAGACAGCGACGAGAUGACUCUCAAACAAUACGCAGAGAAGCUGAAACGCAAGCAACAGGAGCAGGCAAACGGCAGUGGUGCCAGCACGGCUGAGCCUGAUACAAACUUGAACACUAACAAUGUUAUGAUAGAGAUAUUAGACACAGAGACUUCUACGGAGGACGAGGAAGUGGCGGUGAGGAAGACAGGUAAGCCGAGGCCCUUCAGGGCUUUCAGGUUCCCCGAAACGGAGGACGAGGAGUCGGCUGCGAGCGAGGACACAGACCCAGAUGCUGUGUAUUGUCUCUGUCGACAGAAACAUAACAAAAGGUUCAUGAUCUGCUGUGACCGCUGUCAGGAGUGGUUCCAUGGUGACUGUGUGGGCAUCUCCGAGCAGCGCGGAAGCCUCAUGGAGAAGAACAAGGAGGAGUACGUCUGCCCCAAUUGUAGCCCCUGCGCCAGCCCAGUUCCCCUUAUGUCUUGGCAGGCUAGCCGCCCCUCCUUGCAGAUGAGGCUUGUGUCACCUUCUCCUGACGCCGGUUGUUCCAGCGGAGAUUACGGCAUCAAGGGGAAGAUAAAAAAAUCUAGCAGCGAAGGACAAAAGAUUCAAAUUUUUCAUUCGGUGGCGAGAAAUGUUGUUGUGAAGCAAGAGCAGACUCUCCCAAACUGCAUUGGGCCGGGCUGCACCAAGAGUGCUCUGCCGGACUCUGUGUACUGUGGCCAUGACUGCAUCCUGAAGCAUGCGGCGGUAGCCAUGAAGUCUAUGUCUGGUCCCAAAGGGCCGAAGCUACAGCCUCCACCUGAGGCCAAACGGCCAACUACGCCCCAACCAGAGCCUCCGCCGGAGCCUAAACCAGCACCGGAGCCUACACCAGCACCAAAACCUGCACCAAAACUACUUGCUAAACCUACCAUUCUCUCGGCCCUUAAGGCCCAGAUGAAGCCCCUUCUUGGGAAGGUGAACCGGAAGAAGCCACCAGCACCGCCUGUGGAGGUGGAGGAGAGUAGCACAGCCAGCAGUGAUGCGCAUAAGAAGGAGGAGGCGCCUGCGCUGCCCAGCCCACAAACGGAGGCAGUGAGGGCACAGCAGACCACUGCGAUAGCCCCCUCAGUGUUUUACAAGUCUAAUAAAGAAACAACACAGACUGUAGUAGUCAGUGAAACAAAAACUGAUGACCCUGGGAAAUCAGAGCCACCUGUGGAGGUCACUACAGUUCCUCAACAACAACCUGCACCCUCACCAGAAACCAGGACCAUACAAACAGAUUUCAAUCUGCUGCCUCUGAAAGCUCCAGUCCAGCCGGCUUCGCAAGCAACAUCAACUGCCCCCAUACUCUCAGUUUCAGACGCACCCAUCACAAGUGGCAUAGAGUUUCCAUUACUCCCCAAACCAUCAGAGAAGCGACCACAACCACAAGAACAGAUGCCCGCCUCCCCGUCCCUCCCGUCGCCUCCUGCUUCUGCGGUCUCUGCUUCGGUUCUGUCCCCUGUACCUCCACAGCCCUCUGUGCCCUCCCCAAAGCCCAAGCCCAGCAUCCAGAUCAGGAUGAACGUCCGCCGCUCCCUCACUGACACCCUGUGGAAAAGGGUAAAUGACAGUGAUUACAUAUCGCUUUCGGAAAAGGAAGUUGGGAACAUAGCCCUGAACAUAGAGAAGGCCAUAUACAACAUGUUCCUAUCGACCGACAAUAGGUACAAGAAUAAGUACAGGCUGAUCCUCUUCAACCUGAAAGACCCUGUAAACAAGUUCCUGUUUGAUCAGGUGAUGAGCGGAGAGAUUUCGGCAUCCAAGUUAACCACACUAAGUCAGGAGGAAUUACAGGGCAAACCACCAACAUCACCAUCAUCACCACCAAACAUCAUUGAAUCUACUCAGGUAAUUUCUGAGGUGGUGGACAUAAAACAGGAUAUAAAAGAGCCAUCCCCAAACAUCAGUGAAACUACUCGGAGCAUUCCUGAAGUGGUGAAUGUCAAACAAGAGCGGAAGGCAGAACCAGCCCCUCGUAAGGCAGCUGAUAAGAUGGCAGCUUCAUCUGGGGUUAAAGUGUCCAAGUCAGAGGUCUCACCAGCGUCCUCUGGGCCUACUAGCAUUCCGGAGGUGGUCAGAGUCAAGCAAGAAGUAAAAGUUGAGCCACCACCUCGUAGGGCAGCUGAGAAGAUGGCGGCACCAUCUGGUGUUCAGGUGUCCAAGGCAGAGAGCUCACCGGCUCCCCCUGUGCCUACUCAAAAUACUAGGACGAAGCAAAAUCUUCCUAACAAACCGAAUCAACAGUUGCCCAGAGUACAACCAGCUCGAUCCAGUAUUGCGGUUGACAUCAUCAGCAACAUGCUGAAGGAUACCACCUCAGAGCACAAAGCCCAUCUGUUUGAUCUGAAGUGCAGAAUCUGUACAGGCCAGAUAUCGUCUGAGGAUUAUGAUAACGAGCCUGAACUGAAGAGGAUGAAGAAAUCUGAGUCGGAGAGCAAACAGGAGACAGUCCAGCAGACAAAAACGGAGACAUUGCUGAUGAGGAGACCUGUACAGGAGACUUCUCAGAUGACUAGACCUCCACAGGUUAAACAAGAGACGUCUCACAAGUAUCGACCACCAGCACAAACGGUACAGGACACAUCGCACAAAGAGAGACCAUCUGUGACAAAACAGGAGAUGUCUCACAAGGAGAGUCCUCUGCAGACAAAACACGAAUUGUCUGACAAAGAGAGACCUCAGACAACACGGGAAACAUCUCAGAAGGAGACACCUCUGCAGACAAAACAGAAUACUUCUCAGAAGGAGACAACUCCUCAGAUAAACCCAGAGGCAUCUCAGAGGCAGAGGCCUCCUCCCAAGUCAAUCCUGAAAGACCGUCCAUCUAAGACGGGUCGCGUUGCCGAGAAAAGGGCUGCUCCCACCACACCUCGUGUCGAAGCUCCGGUUAUGGAAUCCCCCGCCUCUCCUGUGCCCGAGGACACUCAGGAUGAAGAAGAGAAGGUCUCUGACUUUACCCCCAUCGUGAUACCUGAGGUGUCCAUCGUGUCCAUCACAAGACAGGACCCGCGUACUGCGGGGUACCGGCCUAUUCUUCCACCCAGUGUACGCCAACCAGUGACGCCAUCACCACCCACGACACCCAUAACCAGUGAGCCUAAGGUGGUCAAACCACCCCAGCUGAAGCAACUGCCCUUACCUCCACCACCUCCUAAAUCCAUCCUCAAAACAUCCAAUCCCUCAUCAUCGUCAGUCAGAUUGUACUCCAGCUCCCGCACAACCAGCAGCAUGGCAUCAUCCCAGCCUGCUCCAGACAAAGACACACGUCACUUUCUGCUGAAGCAGGAAACUAUAUGGAAAGGAUUUCUGGACAUGCCAACGGUUGCCAAGUUUGUUACCAAGGGUUACCUCAUCUCUGGAACCUCCAACUACUUGAGAGAGGACAUACCAGACACCAUUCACAUAGUGGGUAGAAUACUGCCCCAAACAGUGUGGGAUUAUAUAGAAAAAGUGAAGACAUCUCCCACUAAAGAUCUGUGUUUGAUCCGCUUUCACCCAGCAACGGACGAGGAGGAAGUGGCAUAUGUGUCCCUUUUUUCAUACUUCAACAGUCGCAGGCGUUUUGGUGUGAUAUCCGAUCGCUGCAAAUUCAUCAAAGACUUCUACCUCAUGCCCCUUGGAGCCAAAGAAUCCAUCCCUUCACUUCUACAACCACUCGAUGGACCAGGAUUUGAACGGAAUCGCCCGAACCUGCUGAUUGGCUUGGCCAUACUUCAGAAACCAAAGCCUCCCGAACCCAAGGCCGAACAAGCCAAUGAAACGAGAUUCAAAACACAGACUACUUCUGAGGCACCCGGUGGUGGCUUUUCCACGCACCCACCCAUGCACGCGAAUCCCAGUGACUGGCUGCCUUAUGACCCAGAGAUGCCCAUCUGCGCGACCCCACCAGGAUCCCCCGACUCCUCCUCCUCAGGCUCAGUGUCAUCUCCGGCUGAUUUAGCCAACACUGUUCUUUCAAUCAUUAAGGCACCCCCUCCUCCUUCUAGCUCAAACACUGUCAGUGACCCCAAAGCUAACCCUGAUGACACCCCCCUGAAAACAAUUCUGAACACACUGUUUGGGAAGAAGGGGGUCCCGUCUGGCAACACAAUUGACAUAGACCAACAGAGCUCCUCCACAGAGAAAAAAUCCUCAGUCCCAGGCCCCCCUGCAAACUCUGCGGUUGACGUGAUCGUUCAAAAGUACGGGAACAUGUCAAAAGUUGAUCAAGUUGAGGAAAGUGUAAUCAGCAAAGACAAUGAUGAUCGACCAUAUGACCCAGAAGAAGAGUAUAAUCCAGAAGUAGAGUAUGGUAUGUUGAAUAAGCCCAGCACUACCCCAGUGAUAUCAGAGCCAGAGGAUCAUGAUGACAGGCCUUAUGACCCUGAGGAGUAUGACCCAGCUGUGGGUUAUAUUCGUGAUAGCCCUCUGAGCCCAGACCCAACACCUGACAAUAAACCUGUAGUAGAAGAACAAAGGAUAGAGAAGGAAGUUGCUUACGAUCCAGAGGACAGUACUUUCUUUGAAGAAAUGCAGGCUGAUCUUGUGGGUGUAUCAGGUGGAGCCAGUGGCACGGUAGUGCUCACAGAUCAACAAAAAAUGCUGCUAGAGUUGAACAAGCAGAUUGAGGAACAGAAACGUCAACUGGAGCAACAGGAGGAGGCUCUGUCUCGGCAAAGAGAAGCUGCAGGCAUAUCCAUGGCUCACUUUUCUGUCUCAGAUGCUUUACUUUCACCGCCAAGAACUUCUUAUCUGUCACAGUGUGAUUUGUUACAACUUGUAGAAAAGCAGAGUACAGAUGCCAAUGCUGCUAGUAAUGAUGACAUUCUGAGUAUUAAUCAGAGUAGGGAUCCGAGGCAAAGGAGAGAUACAAGCCAACAGGAUACAGAGCAUGACAGCAAAAACACACCUUCAGAAACGGCAACGUCAGAAUUGGCAAUGGCAGAAUCGGCAAAUUUAGAGUUGGCAAAGUCAGAGUUGUCAGAGAAGUCCCAAACAAUCGCUGAGAAAGAAACAUCUGAAGAAGGGUCAUUAGCACAUGAUGAAGAUGAGAAAACAAGCAAUGAGCAAAUAAACACAAAAAAGGUAUCACCUGAGAAAACACGUGAAAAAGUGAAGGACGGUAGAAGUCGUGGUAGAGAGCGCAGAAAGUCAGAUACACAUAGAAGAUCAAGAAGUUCCAAAUCAGACACUGACAGGCCCUCUUCACGAGACCGAAGCGCUGAUGCUUCUCGUCAUUCACGUCACAGGUCUCGCCAUGAACAUCGCCGAACAUCUCACAGAGAUACUCUGGAUGUGUCAUCAAGGAAAAGACGGAGUGAAGAUGAUAGACAUGAGGGUAGGCACAUGCAACCCCAUUCAGACAAUGAAAAGCGUCCUCACAGAGAGCGGUUUGAACACAGUCAUCAGAGAACUUUAUUAGGAAAACAUGGCAGAAGGCGGCACCAUAGAUUGCAAAGUUUGAGAGAAAGUCGAGCCCGAUUAGAGAGUGCACGGGACCCUUUUUCUCGUCGCCGUGAAAGGGAGAAAUCUGCCUCAGAUGACCAAUUAAAAGAUCAAGGUCAAUCCACAAAGCCAAUAGGUUCCUCUCCAGGACAGUUCUGUGACCAUGACAGUCCAACACGCUUAGAAACACCUCUUGACUCAAAUCAGUAUGACUCCCCUGACACACUAAUGCAUCAACAAGGACCAAGGGGAUCAUUUGAGCCAUAUCCUGGAGAACCAUUUCAAAGUACAACCCCCAGAGAAUCUCCUCAGCAAUCUGGGCCAUAUAGGCCUCAUCACAGGCCUUUAGAUGAUAGCCGUCACCCCAGAAUGCAUAGAGCUUGUUCACUUGAUUCCCAGAAUAUCCCAGAAAACAAAAAACCUAGAGGGUCCUCUCCAGGAGAUGGCCGCAACUCUGACCGUCAUGACUCCCCUCAUGAGCGAAGGCGUCAAGCAGGGCCUAGAGGUCUACUUGAACAACGCCCUGGACAGCCUUUUGAAAAUACAGCCCCCAGACAAUCUCCUUCAAGGUCUCAAUCUCCACAAGGUCCUCAUCCAAAUCAAUUUGAUCGUAGUCAUCACCCCAGAAUGCCCAGAGCUGGGUCACAUGACUCUCAGAAUAAUCCUGAAGACAAAAAACCAAGAGACUCCAUUCUAGGAGAGUACCGUGACCAUGCUGGUCCACCACGCUUAGAAACACCACUCAACUCAAAGCAGAAAAAUGCCCCUGACACACCAAUACCUCAAACAGGACUUAGAGGUCCAUUUGAACAACACCCCAGGGAACCAUUUCAAAACACAGGUCCAAGACGAUCUCUUCAAACUGGACCACAUGGGUCUCAAGACCGUCCAUUUGAUGGAGGUGGUCACCCCAGGUUACGUAGAGCUGGUUCACAUGAUUCUCAGAAUCAUCUUGAAGACACAAAACCAAGAGACUCCCUUUUAGGAGAGUUCCGUGACCAUGCUGGUGCACCAGCAGCACUCCAGCAAAAUGUCCCUGACACACCGAUGCAUCAAGCAUUACUUAAGGGGCCAAUUGAACAACAUCCCAGGCAGCCUUUUGAAAACACAGGCCCCAGACGAUCUCCUUCAAGAUCAGGACCACACGGUCCUCAUCAAAAUCAAUUUGACGGCAGCCGUCACCUUAGAAUGCCUAGAGCUGGUUCACAUGAUUCUCAGAAUAAUCCUGAAGACACAAAACGACGAGACUCCCUUCUACGAGAGUUUCAUGACCAUGAUGGGCCACCAUGUGAAACACCACUCCAAUCAAACCAGCGUGACUCCCCUCACGAACCAAUGCAUGAAAAAGGACGUAGAGGUCCUUUUCAGCAACAUCCUGGAAAUCCUUUUGAACAUACAGACCCCAGGCGAUCUCCUCCACGAUUUGGGCCACAAGGUCCUCAUCACAGGCCAUUUGAUGGAGACUGUCACCCCAGAAUGCGUAGAGCAGGUUCACAUGAUUCACAAAAUAAUCCUGAAAACAGAAACCCAAGAGGCCCUCCUCAAGGAGAGUUCCAUGACUAUGACUGUGACCGUCCACCACACUUCGAAACACCAUUUCACUUAAAUCAGCAUGACUCCCCUCACGAGCCAAUGGGUCAACCAGGACCUAGAGGUCCUUUUUUACAGCAUCCUGGACGGCAGGCUUUUGAAAACACAGGCUCCAGGCGAUCUCCUUCAAGAUUUGGUCCACAAGGUCCUCAUCACAGACCGUUUGAUAGUGACCACCACAGAAUGCAUACAGAUGGUUCACAUGUUUCACAUAAUAAUCCUGAAAACACAAACCCAAGAGGCCGUCCACAAGGAGAGUUCCAUGGUCAUGAUAAUGACCGUCCUCCACACUUCGAACCCCCAUUUCACUCAAGCCAGGAUGAAUCCUCUCACCAGCCAAUGCGUCGUCCAGGACCUAGAGGUCCUUUUGAGCAGCAUCCUGGAGACUGUCAUCCCGGAUUACGUAGAGAUGGUUCACAUGAUUCACAGAGUAAUCCUGAAAACUCUAACCCAAGAGGCCGUCCACAAGGAGAGUUCCAUGGUCACGACAAUGACUGUCCCCCACACUUCGAACCCGCAUUUCACUCAAACCAGGAUGAAUCCCCUCACCAGCCAAUACGUCGACCAGGCCCUAGAGGUCCUUUUGAGCAGCAUCCAGGAGACUGUCAUCCCGGAUUACGUAGAGAUGGUCCACAUGAUUCACAGAAUCAUCCUGAAAACACAAACCCAAGAGGUCGUCCACAAGGACCAGGACCUAGAGGUCCUUUUGAGCAGCACCCUGGGGAAUCUUUUGAAAACAUAGGACCCAGACGAUCGCCUCCAAGAUUUGGAUCACAAGGUCCUCAUCAGAAGCCAUUUGAUGGAGACUGUCAGCCCAGAAUGCUUCGAGCCGGUUCACAUGAUUCACCUAGUAAUCCUGAAAACGCAAAACCAAGAGGCCCCCCCCAAGGAACUUUCAAUGACUGUGACUUUCCACCACAUUUCGAACCACCAUUUCACUCAAACCAGCAGGACUCCCCUCAUGAGCCAAUGCGUCAACGAGGGCGUGGAGGUCCUUUUGGACCACAAGGUCCUCGUCACAGGCCAUUUGAUGGAGGCUGUCAUCCCAGAAUGCGUAGAGCCGGUUCUCAUGAUUCCCAGAAUAUUUCUGAAAACACAAUACCAAGAGGCCCUCCUCAAGAAGACUUCCACAAUAAUGAUUGUCCACCACACUUUGAAACACCAUUUCAUUCAAAUCAGCAUCAACCAAUGCAUCAACAAGGCCCUAGAGGUCCCUUUGAGCAACAUCCUGGAGAACCUUUUGAAAAAACCGGCCGCACAGGAUCUCCUCCACGGUCUGGGCCACGAGGGCGUGGAGGUCCUUUUGGACCACAAGGUCCUCGUCACAGGCCAUUUGAUGGAGGCUGUCACCCCAGAAUGCGCAGGGGUGGUUCACAUGAUUCCCAGAAUAAUUUUGAAAACGAUAAUCCAAGAGGCCCCCCUUCAGGAGAGUGUCGUGAUUUUGACUGUCCACCACACUUUGAAACAACAUUUAACUCAAACCAGCAUGCACCAAUGCAUCGACCGGGACUUAGAGGUCCCUUUGAGCAACAUCCCGGAGAACCUUUCGAAAACACAGGCCGCACAGGAUCUCCUCCACGGUCUGGGCCACGAGGGCGUGGAGGUCCUUUUGCACCACAAGGUCCUCGUCACAGGCCAUUUGAUGGAGGCUGUCACCCCAGAAUGCAUAGAGGUGGUUCGCAUGAUUCACAGAAUAAUCCUGAAAACACAAACUCAAGAGCCCCCCCUCCAGCAGACUUAUGUGACCAAAACCAUCGACCGGGACCUAGAGGUCCUUUUGAGCAACAUCACGGAGAAACUUUCGAAAACACAGGCUGCACAGGAUCUCCUCCACGGUCUGGGCCACGAGGGCGUGGAGGUCCUUUUGGACCACAAGGUCCUCGUCACAGGCCAUUCGAUGGAGACUGCCAUCCCAGAAUGCUUCGAGCUGGUUCACAUGAUUCACAGAAUAAUAAUGAAAAUAUAAAUCGAGGUGGUCCCCCUCCAAGAGAGUUCCGUGACCAUGACUGUCCACCUCGUUUCGAAACACCAUUUCACUCAAACCAGCAAGAGUCUCCUCGUGGGCCGAUCCAUCAACCAGGACCUAGAGGAGCUUUUGAGCAACAUCCAAGAGAACAAACUUUUGAAAAUGCAGGACCAAGACGAUCUCCUCCGCGUUCUGGACCACAAGGGCCUCAUCACAAGCUGUUUGAUGGAAGUACUCGCCCUGGAAUGCUUGGGCCUGGCUCACACGACUCUGAGAAUAACUAUGGUGAACCUGCUCCCCUACACGCACACAGGGGUAAUCGAGGUGGCUUUUCUAGUCGUGGCUCCCAUACAGGGCACUCUGAAGUACAGGAUAGAGAUUUCGAAAGGGGCAUGCAGAGACCACAUUUCCAUCAUUCAAACAGAUUUGAUGAACCGAGGGGAGGUAGUCCUGCAGAGGACAGGAGAGGGCCUGAUAUCUGCCGACCAGGUCCCAAGGAGGGUUUCAGAGGCAGGCAGAUGGUGGAAAACCGGAGAGGCUCCAUUCCUGAUGCCCCAGAUAUGCCCAUGAAUACAAGAGCUCCCUUGCAUCCUUUUCCAACAUCAGCAUCACCUCAACACCAGCAAGCUGCAAAAGACCAAAGCCCUUCACGUGUUGAUCAGCAUAACAAGGAAAGUCAUGCUCCAGGAGCGGUUGCAGAUCGCAAAGAUAAUCUCCCGAAGACAGUCUCACCUCAGCGCAAAGAUUCUUUAAUAGAACAAAGCCCUCAGCGUAGCAAGGGAGGUCAUGGCCCAGGACAAUUGGCAGAACACAAAGACGAUGUUCAGACAUCAGUCUCACAUCAGCAUGGACAAGCUAUAAAAGAACAUAACUCUCCACUUGUUGGUCUGCCAAACAAAGGAGGUCAUGGUCCAGGGCAGGUUGCAGAAUGCAAAGAUGAUUUACCAACAUCAGUCUCAACCCAGCGCCAACAACAGCCUUCAAAACAAUUAAGUCCUCCAUCUAGCAGCAGCGGUAAUGCACCAGGUCAGUCUGCAGAAAGCAAAGACCAGACAAGCGUGAGUGUUAACAAACGAGAUACUGUGCCGGAUUCACCGCGGACACCACGGCGCCACACUGCGGGUCUGCUGCCUACUCCCCCAGGGGGUCCUUUUGGCUUUAAGCCAUUGUUGCCGCAACCUCAUCCAAACCAACUACAGCCUCGGCCCCUACAGAACUCACCUGGGCAAAGAAGGGGCAGUGUUGAAAAAGCCAAUUUUGGUCCAGGUAGAGUCAGAAUGAAUGAAGGCCAGCUUGAGGAAGGUUGCCCACCAAAUCAGAGAAAAAAUGAGGAGCCUUUACCUCUUCUCCCACAGGAAUUUCCCAGAGAGCAGGGAGAGGAAGGGCGGAUGUCUGAUGGUGGCUUCCCCAGAGGUAGAGGGAGGCCGUGCCCCAGGGAGCAGGGCUGGAAAAGGGGUCACUCGAGAGGGAGAGGUGGUGGCCAAAGUAGUGGAGGAGACAGUGGACAGAGUGAGGGUGAAACAAGGGGGCCACAACAUGGACGGGAUCCAGGUUUUGACCCAAGAGAUGCAAAAAGACCAAGAAUGGGAAACGGAGACCCUGAUGGAGAUGUUCAAUGCAGUGGCCCAGAGGGCAGUAACCGUGGUUUUCGUGGAAGGUCAAGGGGCAGGAGGCCAAUGGGUGGAGGAUUUAGGGGCUUUGGUAGAGGACGCAGGGGCAGAUAAAGCAAAGGGGAAAGAUCUUGGAGAAAGAUGUAUUAAAAAGAAUAAAUCAUGGGAGACACAAAGUUAGAACACUUGAUUUAUUUGAUUUAGUGCUAUUUGAUUUAGCCUAUCAGUUAAUGCAAGUGAAUGCAUUAUGUACAUAUUUCAUAACAUUUUGUUCUGUAAAGUUUGAUACUGUGUUGACAGCUCCCAGUACUGUAAUAACUGCAUUUGAGGACAUUUACAAUACCAAAUAAUUGUGCACGGAAAUUACAUCUGGCUAUUGCAUACAGAAUGCCAUUAUGUAAUGCACACAUCUGUCAUUUACAUCUGUUGUUAACUUCUUUCUGUACAAUGUCAAAAUUUUAAACUACAAAUUACAAGAAGCUGUUGAUGUUUUAUUUUGAGUUUCUUAGAGGAGCGUUAUGAACCAUAAUGGUUUAAUUUGGUUAAAUGUUAUUUUUUUUCAUGUGUGUUUUGUUAGAACUGAUUGAUACAUGUUUUUAGUGAGGAGUCACAGCGUUAACUGUGUUUGACUUUAAACUUGAGUCUUCAGUUGUGUCCUCGGUGAUGAGGAAAUAAAACAAUAGCGUUUCUGAUGUAACCUUUGACAGUCUUUUUUAUCCACCUUUAAAAAAAAAUCACUGAAGGGUAAAUAAAACUAUAUUAUGUAUA